CUUUACAAAUAGGCCCCUGAUAUUAACGUCUCUUAUAACAAACGCCCCGCUUCGCUCUCGGCUCUCCUCGCUUCUUCCUCUUCCCCAAGCAAGCACAUCGGCGGCCGCGCUUUCUAGCAGCCAGGGCUCGUUUCGUGUCGGACCGUGUUGCGGGAAUAGCGAGUCCCGAUGGCGGAGCCGGCGAAGCCUGAGGCGACGGAGGCGGCCAAGAUGGACCUGCUCGAGGACGACGACGAGUUCGAGGAGUUCGAGAUCGACCAAGAGUGGGACGACAAGGAAGAAGGCAAUGAAGCUGUUCAGCAAUGGGAGGAUGACUGGGAUGACGAUGAUGUCAAUGAUGACUUCUCCCUGCAACUGAGGAAAGAGCUGGAGGGUAACUCGUCCAAGAAUUAGCAUUUGCCGUCAUGUAUUGGUGUCUGUUGCACUUGCUGGGAAACUGCAACUGUUAUUUGUUUUCCAUCUUUUUGGCAUGUUUGCAGGAUUUAACAUAUAACAUUUACCAAAUCGAGCAUUUUGCUUUUGCCGUGGUAUUUCAUCUUCUCAAACACUCACACAAUUAAUAUGAUCUGAGUGAAAAUUUCAUUCUUGUUGGA